AUGAAACUACUUGCAAUUAAUGUUUUAUAUCGACCAAAUGAUAGUGGGUCAUCAUCAUCAAGCAGCAACACUACAAAAUCGAUCAUUCUUUCAGGCUACGAUGAUUUAUCAUCCUUUGGAUUCUUUCAACGUUCUACUGUUCGUGAAUAUAUUGUUUUUAUAAGCAGAGUAUUAUCGGACAAGAAUCCGCCUGGCACAAGACAACAAGUGAUAAAGGAUGAAUAUACUUGUUAUGUACAAACUCGGAUUGAUUCACAAUUGAGUGCUGUCAUUGUUUGUGAUGCCGAAUAUCCUUCACGAGUUGCAUUUUCGUUAUUAUACAAAGUUUUGACCGAAUUCGAAAAGAAAUAUCCAAAAUCUGUGUAUUUGAACUCUCCAUCAAUUCUCCAAUCAGAUUAUCAACUUCAAUUAGAGUCAAUUAACGACUACCUUGUAAAAUAUCAAGAUCCUAACAAAGCAGAUGAAUUACUAAAAAUUAAAACGGACUUGGAGGAAACAAAAACAAUCAUGAAUCAAGUGCUAGAGAAAAUGUUCGAGCGCGAAGACGAUUUGAAAAAUUUGGUAGGAAUGAGCGACGAUUUAUCCAUGAGUUCUAGAGCAUUCUACACAGCUGCACAAGGAGAAAAUGGUGGCUGUUGCCUAUUAAUGUAA